AGCGUAUCAACUGCUCCACUUGUACUGCCCACCCCAUCUUUUUUUUUCUUCUUGCUCUGCCUCUACCCCUCUGCCAUGGCACUCCAACCCAAAUCCAUAGGCACCCCAACAAAGGGUUUCUUCAAGACUCAAAUCAUACUCAGGAUCCUGGCUGCUGCCUUCACCCUGGCUGCAAUCUUUGUUUUAGUCACCGCCAAACAGUCUGUUGUUGUGUUUGGGAUCGUUUUGCAAGCUCGCUACGAUUACACCACUGCUUUCAGGUUUGUACUUGGUGCGGAUGCAGUGGUAUGCGGCUUCUCUCUGCUCUCAGUCGUAUUUGUUUGCAUGUUAAGCCGUUCGGAAUCGCAUGUCAAGACUCAUUUUUUCUUGUAUCUGCACGAUUUGUUCAUGAUGCUUGUGAUGAUAUCCGGAUGUGCAGCUGGGACUGCAGUGGGGUAUGUUGGGAAAUUUGGGGAGGAGAAGAUGGGGUGGUUCGGAUUCUGUGAUAGAGUGACCAAGUUUUGUAACCAAGUUACGAUUUCCAUGGUGCUAUCUUACUUGGCUUUCUUUUGCUACUUGGCUAUGACCAUCAUGUCUCCAAGGAAAUUCAUGUAUAAGGUUAUUGAAUGAGUUCCGGUUGCAAUUUCCCAUCCUACCUUAUCUUUUAGAAAUUGAGUUGCUUGUAGUGCUAGGGGAGACUCAGAAUAACAUACAUGUAUUAUUAAACACUUUUUGUAUGCUCCUCGCCAUCAUCCUAUUUUCAGUUUAGUAAAAUGUUGGAGCAUCC